GUGUGAUGCUCCCAGACUGGUUCAUGGUUAUUUUGUCCCCAAACAAGAGAUUUACUUUGACAGAACCACGAUCACUUAUUCCUGUGAUAACGGAUAUAAACCUGUAGUAGAGGGUUGGUGGGCAACCAGUACCUGUGAACGUGGGAAAUGUUCGCAGGUACUUGAAGAUGUCGCAUGAACCACAAUGCAUAGUUCUUUGGGGGAAAUGCCCAACAAUUAUUAACUCGUCCAGCAGAACACGGCUCUUUACUCUGCCUUCAGAUCGUGCUUUCAUUCCUGCAAAAUGUGUCUCAGGACUCUUGGAUUUGUCCUCGUUUUGUUUCCUGGAUUGUUUCAAGCACAGGGUUGUGAUCCUCCCAGACUUGUUCAUGGUAACUUUCUCCCCAGACAAGAGACUUACUCUGACAGAACGACGAUCACUUAUUCCUGUGAUAACGGAUAUAAACCUGUAGUGGAGGGUUGGUGGGCAACCAGUACCUGUGAACGUGGGAAAUGGUCGCAUGAACCACAAUGUAUAGAUGAAAGCAGCUGCCUUCCACCAACUAUUCCCAAUGGAAAGUACCCUGAAAACUCAAACGGCUGGUAUGAGGAUGGAAGUAGACUAAGGAUAACAUGUGAUGGAGGAUUUGAGCACCAAAACCAGAUGAACACCACUAUCUGUGGAAAUGGAAAAUGGUCCUCUGCACCAGUCUGUGAGAGAAGUAUGAGUGCAUGCAGUGCACCUCCUAAAAUCCCCCAUGCAGUCAUCAUUCAUGGAUACCAGGAAGUGUUUGCUGCAGGUUCAGAAGUGCAGUAUGAGUGUGAAGACGGAUACACUGCAGAGGGAGCACACAACAAAAAAUCUGUUUGUACACAAGGAAGCUGGACACAAGGCCCGACCUGCACAUCUUCUAGCACCUCUGACUCAAAUAACAGAGACAGUAGACCCAUGCUGAUGAAUGUUCCAUGGUGUGGAGCCCGCCCAUACAUUGAAAAUGCUGUAAUUGUGGAAGAAGGUCCAAUGUAUUUGAAAUACCAGUGUAAUGGCUUUUACAAUCUAGCUGGUCCAGAGGCUGUGAAUUGUUACAGUGAUCGUAGCUGGUCUGAACUACCCACCUGUGAAGAAGCGUUCUGUGUGGUGGAUCCUGCUAGAUAUGCUGGUUAUGGUCUUGCAGUAACUCAAUCUGAAUACAUGCGGGAAGGAGAACAAAAAGAUUUUCCUUGUACUGCAAGAGACAAAUAUAUCUAUGUUCAGUGUACUAACAGAAGAAUAGCUCUGAGCCAAUGUUGCGAUGACCAUGGACGUCAAUAUUAUGAUGAUUGCAGAAGAUUCAGAGAACCCAACUGACAACACGACCUUUCUGAAACUCUUCAACCAGAACCUGCAGAGCAACAAUGAAACAUGUUUCUUUUCUUUGUACAGUUUUGGGGCUGAUUGUUCUUUAAACACCAAACUGUCCAUAAAUGAUUUGAACUUUUCAUGCACUCAGUACAUGAUGUGUACACUGAAUCCAUAAAGUGUCGAUGGCUGGCUGAGGUCUGAAUUCAAUGUUUCAUCAUCAGA